CGCCCCCGCCGGGCCCCGACCGCACAUUCCUCCAGAGCCGCUUCCUGCUCCCGGCCGGACCGGACCGUCAUGGCCCUGGCGGCCGCUGCGGGCAGCCCCCCGCCUGGCCUGGCAGCCGCCCUAGACGAGUGCAUGGAGGCCAUGAACGCCUUCCUCUGCAACCAGUUCAACGAGAGCCUGGAGAAGCUGCAGCCCAGGACCAAGGAGAGCAUGUACCAUGCCCUGGUCUACGCCACCAUCCUGGAGAUGCAGGCCAUGAUGACCUUCGAGCACGAGGACAUUGUGCAGGCCGGGCAGACCAUGAAGGAAGCGCAGGAGAUUUGCCAGAGGUUUCGGAGGAAAUCCAGUGUGACUGGCUCCCUCUCCGGCCUGGUCAGCAAGGCGGAUUCGUUCACCGAGGUGAGAAGCGGCUCCGCUACGAUCACUACCUGGUGCCCAACGCGCUGCUGGAGCUCGGCCUGCUGCACCUGGCGCAGGGCCGGAGUGAGGCGGCCGUCCCGCUGCUGCGCCGAGCCAGGAACAACUACAAGAACUAUUCCAUGGAGUCCCGGACGCUCUUCCGGAUCCACGCGGUUCUGUCCCGGCUCAGGGCUGACCAGGAGGAGAACGGCAUGGAAGGACCCAGCUCCUCCUAAAGAACUGCCCCCCCCCAGGCAAGAAGGGGGGGGCCGCGGGACUCUGGGAGGUGGCAUCACCUGUCCACCCCCCAACCCCCACCGAAGGGAACCUGCACUUUCAAUGAAGCCAAAUUGACUUAACCCUUCCUGCGCCGCUCUGCUCCCCAGGCAAAGGCGGAGUCUGGAGGGGGGGGCGUCUCUGGGCGUGUGCCCACAGCACCAGGGGGUACCACUGUGAUAAAUAAGGGGCGGGGAGGCAGAGCUGGACCCUGAGGGAGGGUGCCGCAGGGUGAGCCGGCCCUUUAAAGCUGAACCCAAAUACCCUUAAAGGGCCAGCUCACCCUGCGAUGCCCACCCAAUUCCUAGUUUCCUAGGAUAAGGACUAACCACGCCCCCCUCUGCCCCCCCAACACUUUAAUUAAACUACGUUGCGACUAGUUGCUUGGGGAGGUGCCGAUCGCUGUACGGAGCACAGUAAGUGCUGUGCUGUUUGUUUCCUUGCUGGUUUCCCUGGUCCAGCUGCAACCUCCGUAGCCACAGAUCCCUCGGCCCUCCACGGUCCCCCCACCCCGGUUCUGGUCCCCUGGGACCAGCUGGCUCCAUCCCCCCGUGUAGGAAUUGGAGACACGGGGGAAAGAUCCUUCCAGCUCCGCCCUGACCCAGUGCCUUGCCAAGAGCUGGACGGGGGGUCUCUUGCCGUCAUCGCUGAGAUCCUGUUUGGGGACGAUCCUGGGGACCCGGGAGCUGUCGCUGCCUCCAGCACUGGCAGGCGAUUUUUUUAAAUGCAGCGGUGGCCUUGUUUUUAUAUUUCCACCUCUUCUCUUUUGGUCCGGAAAUUCAGGUCUCCCGCGAAGGCCGUGGGCCCAGGAGUCUUGUAGUUAAAAGGGCCGAAUCCUACGGCCAAUUCUUAGUGUGUUUUUAAUAAGGUGGGCAGCCUCUGAUCCACGUCCCCCUUUGACAAAUGGGGAAACUGAGGCAACAUGGCCUGCAACUUUGAACCAAGGACGCCAAAUGGGGAACCUGGGACUCCAACGCAGAUCUCUUGCGGCCGGGUGCUUUUAGGUAGAAAAUCCUCUGUCACCAUUUCGCUCAGUCCACUCUGGCCUUGUCUAGAUUAAAGUCCCGCCAGUUACACUUUGAUCUGAGCUAGCGAAAUCAGUGCGAGAGACUCCGGUUUAAGCUGGGUUUCUUUGGGUUUCGUUGAGCGGCUUGUCUAAACACAGAAGUUGGGCAACUUUAACCGACAUUGGUUUAGUACAACCAGUGCAUCUUUGUGUGUAGAUGCUCUGGGAUGGAAUAAAGGGGGAUCCCCACAAUGCACAGCAGCUGCCCCACAAGCCAUGUGGCCGCGGGAGGAUGCUGGGAUGCGUACCCAUGAUGCACUGGGCUGUUUGCCACGAGAGCUCUGCUGGGCGGGCGAGGCGCUGGCACAAAGGUGUGAGGUUGAAUGCACUCGAGUGGGGAGGUGCCCGUCCAGGAGCUUGUGCUGGUUUCACGACAGAUCUGAAA